AUGAGCUCCGUGAUGAACACGCAGCAUCGCCGCUCACUGUCGAUCCACGACGCGUGGCACCGGAGCAGGUUGGGGUGCUGCAGCUGCGAGAGCAAAAACACCUCCUGCGGCAGCUCCGCGUCGGGGCCCGGCGUGCUCGGCAUCUCGCACCACGCUACCUCCACGCCAUCCUCCGCAUCAACAGCGGCGUACACUUCUUUGCAGCUGCCGCAGCCAAUGCGCCUCAGUCGCGUGUAG